CUCUAGUCCGACUCUAUGGUUUAGUCUAUGGACUUCAAAUUUUAAAAACCCGCUUCCGUUAUUAUCAUUUCCCGUUUCCGGUAACUUGACAUGGCUUUCCCCUAAGAGUUCUCGGUGGUGCAUGGAACGCUGGGAGUUGUAGUCUUGGCGCUGGCACGUAGGCGACUGCAGGGAAGGGAAGACGGAACGCUACGUGCCCUACACCUGGUUCCUUGCAGCGUCGUCUCGUGCGCCCGGUCUCUGAGGGGCGUAUAAGCAGAUUGCGAGGAAGAAGGGACGAGUGAGCGAGUUACUGAACCCAGAAAACGACCUGGACCGUGUGGCAGUGGAGGAGGAAGAGAAGGAGGAAUGGAGGCGGCUUGGCGCCAGGGUGGCCGCGGUAGGGGAAGAGGCAGAACCGGAGUCGUCGGGAUUCCUGCGGGGAACGGACCUGGCGGCCGGGGAAGGGGAAGAUCAGAGGGAAGUCCUUCAUCGGUCGCCACUUGCAAUGCCUUGGGAGCCAUUGAGCUAGCGUCUCAGAAAAAAUUUGAUGCAAUCAAGAAGGCUAAUCAAGCUGCAGCUAAAAAGCUUGUUGAAGACCAAUUUAGUUCCUCAUCUGAAGAUGAAGACAAUGAAGAAGUUGAAGGAAAGCAUGGAAAAAUAUUGGCCAAAACAUUUACUCCUUAUACAAGUCAAACUGAUGGGGAUGCAAGUGAAUUGGAACGUACAAGGCAGUACAUGAAUGAAGCGUUUCAGUCUGGGGCAAUGACAUGCUUGAUUUGUAUUGCUUCAGUUAAGAGAAACCAAGCUGUCUGGAGCUGUUCUGGAUGUUUCUGCAUAUUUCACAUGCCAUGCAUUCAGAAGUGGGCUAAGGAUAGCCUUUUCCUAAUAUCUUCUCCCUUGACAGAUGAUGAUUUCGGAAAGAGGGAUUAUCCAUGGCCAUGUCCAAAAUGCAGGUUUGAGUACCAGCGAUCUGAGACUCCCACUAGAUACUACUGCUACUGUGGAAAGGUGGAGGAUCCACCUUUGGAUCCCUGGCUAGUUCCACAUUCCUGUGGCCAAGUGUGUGAGAGAGAGUUCAGACCUUCCUGUGGUCACAAGUGCCUACUACUUUGUCACCCAGGUCCUUGUCCACCUUGUCCCAAGAUGGUAACGAUAACUUGUUAUUGUAAGAAGGCUAAGCCUGUGCCACGGAGAUGCAGUACAAAAGAAUGGUCAUGUCAGUUGCCUUGUGGACGAAAACUGCCAUGUGGACAACACAACUGUGAGAAACUUUGUCAUCCAGGAGACUGUCAACCCUGCCCAAGAGUCAGUAAGCAAAGUUGUGUCUGUGGUAGGCAAGUAGCAGAAAGACUUUGUGCAAGUCCCAUGUGGCAGUGUGAUCAGGUAUGUGGCAAAACAUUGCCUUGUGGUUACCAUGCCUGUGAGCAGGUUUGUCAUGCUGGCCCCUGUGGGGAAUGUCCUCGAUCUGGGAAAAGAUUUUGUCCAUGUGGAAAAUCAAAGUUUUCUUUGCCAUGUACGGAGGAUGUGCCUACUUGUGGAGACAGUUGUGACAAAGAUCUUGAAUGUGGGAUCCAUAAAUGUUCGCAGCGCUGCCAUCGAGGUCCCUGUGAAAUUUGUAGACAGGAAGUUGAAAAGCAGUGCCGCUGUGGAAAGCAUACAAAGCACAUGCCCUGCCAUAAACCAUACCUUUGUGAAACAAAGUGUGCAAAAACUCGUGACUGUCAAAAGCACCAGUGCAAGAGAAAGUGUUGUUCUGGAAAUUGCCCCCCAUGUGAUCAAGUCUGUGGACGAACUUUAGGAUGUCGGAAUCACAAGUGUCCUUCGGUGUGCCACAGAGGUAGCUGCUAUCCAUGUCCUGAGACUGUAGAUGUGAAGUGCAACUGUGGCAAAACAGUACUCAAAGUACCUUGUGGUCGAGAACGUACCACCAAAGCCCCUAGGUGCAAAGAACUAUGCAGGCAGGCGCCUACCUGCCAUCAUCCCAGUCGAGAGAAACACAAUUGCCACUUUGGUCCUUGUCCUCCUUGCCGUCAGCCCUGCAAAAAAAUCUUAGAGGAGUGUGGUCAUUCGUGCCCUGCUUCUUGCCACGAUGAAGCGCUUGUGAAGCAAACUGGCUUGCAUCAGCCUGCAGGUCCCUGGGAACAGUCGGCUGAGCCUGCUUUUAUUCAAACAGCAUUGCCUUGCCCUCCAUGUCAAGUUCCUAUUCCAACGCAAUGCCUUGGAAAACAUGAGGUGAGUCCAUUGCCAUGUCAUGCUGCAAGGCCUUACUCCUGUAAAAGAUUUUGUGGAAGACUGCUCAGUUGUCAGAACCAUACUUGCAUGAAAGAAUGUCAUAAAGUUACUGAAACGAAUGAUGACAAGGAUGUUCGAAAGGCAGGACCAGAAUGUUCUCAGUGUGAAGAAGAAUGUUCUAAGCCACGACCGCCUGGCUGCCCUCACUCAUGUAUUCUGCCUUGCCACCCUGGGGAAUGCUCACCAUGUGCUCAAAUGAUCCGGAUGAAGUGUCACUGCAAACUCACAAGCCUGUACAUUGAAUGCUUAAAAAUUACUUGUGCUGACUUAAAGGACAAGGUUAUGCUCAGUUCCUGCAAAAAUCAGUGCCCAAAAGAGUUGUCUUGUGGUCAUCGAUGUAAAGAGAUCUGCCAUCCAGGUGACUGUCCUCAGAACUGCAAUCAGAAAGUCAAAGUUCGAUGUCCUUGCAAGAGAAUCAAGAAGGAGCUGCUAUGCAAUAAGGCUCGGGAAGACCAGGUUUUGUUAGAAUGUGACGCAGUGUGCAAGGAAAUGAAACGCAAAGCUUCUGAGAUAAAAGAGGCAGAGGCCAGAGCUGCCAUUGAGGAAGAAAAACGAAGGCAACAGGCUGAACUGGAGGCUUUUGAGAACAGGUUAAAAGGACGUCGAAAGAACAAGAGAAGAAAGGAUGAGGUCGAAGUUGAACAAUCUGUAUGGCAAAAAUAUAAGAGCUUGAUCGUGCUGCCAGUAUGUGGAGCUGCUGUUGUGAUGGUUGCAUGGUUCAUAGCCUACAAUGACUGAAAUCUUUAUUUAUUUCAACACACCUCAGUAUGAUUAUAGGUAGCUGCUGGCUUCUAAAAUGUUAUAUGGUAUAAAUCACAACUUAAUGUUCAGUUGUGGUUUUAACAACUUUCCUCCGUUCAUCUGGAAUAAAGCAGACCAAGCCUAGUCUUUACUUUCCCAAAAAUCUGUUUAAAAUAGUCAGUGGCUGACAUCCAGGCUAAAUUACUCAUGAGUCAUCUUAUUGAAACUGAGACGUAAGUUAUGAUUAACAUAUCCUGUUAAUUUAUAUAGGACUGUUAAUGAGAAACAUUGUUAGCCAAUGUGAUGGUAAUAUAGGUGGUCUUGGCAUGCCAUCUAUCAUAAGCAAUUAUGCCAGAUUUUUACAAAUGCCUCAUUGAGUGAGAUCCACAAAUUAUUGUUUCUGUCAUUUGUUUUAUGCUGUAUUUGAGGAUCUCUAUGUGUUCACCAGUUAACACCUAGUAUGUGUAGUCAUCUAUAACAGUGCUGAUCGCCUCUUGGGUGCAAGAAGGAAGCAGGAGACUGAAAAUGUCAAAGCUGGCUGCAUCCACCACCUCUCAGAGGAUGUGUACAACAAGGAUAACCCGCCACACAGCCCCAGUGCUAGGUGCAGUUGCUUUUACACACAUACUCAGCAACCCUCUUGCAAAGGUCAUCCUCGCUGGUCCAGCAUACUUGACAUCUAAUGCAUGUACUUUACUUUGAAUUGAAUUAUGGAUCACACUGUUCCUUGAAUAGAAGUCAUUAUUUUAGUGUUUUCAUUUAGAUUUUCCUUGAUCAGAAGUCGUUAUUUUAGGGUUUCAUUUGAGUAAAAUAUGAAAUCACUCCUAGUGCACAGAAAUUCUAAUUAUGUUUUGUCAAAAAUAGUUUUCCUAAUAUAAUUCUGGCAUCCCAUACUCCCAAGACACAUUUUUGCUAAAACUUUCAAAAGAGAAAUGUUCGCUUUUUAAUAGACAUUUUUCAAAACUGAUUUCAUGCAAAAUCCAUUGUGUUUGACUUUGCUACUUAAAACCCUUAUUUUAUACUCCAUAGGAAAACUACUUCUACAAGUCUCAGAAUUUAAAGACUAUUGCUGACCCUCCAAAAAGUAGUUUUCCUAAAGAAAAUUUGCUUUACACAAAGAACAAGAUUACAUACCCAUUGUGAAAGGUGGCAUUCACAGUAUAGGAAGUUAUAUGCACAGGUGAUAAAUUAGUCCUUGAGUCAAGCAUGUUGUGUACAAAAAUAUGAAAUGUUGACUUACACAGAUACACUCAAAAUAAUGUUGAAGUGUAAAGCCAAGUAGUUUAAAUGUCUAGCUAACUUUGUAAAUAUUUCUGUUAACUAAUUGGCAGUCAUACCUCAAAUCUCUCAGAAGUGAGUGGUAAAGAGAAUUUCUCAAAACCUGAACUAUUUUAGGAAUUAAUUAUAGAGGGAAUACUAUCACAUCAAAUGAGUUCACCUGACUCUCUUGCUUAUACUUAAGGGGGUAAAUUUAAAAAUUGCUAACAUUUGAUUACCUUUAAAUGAUGCUCACAUAAGAAUUCACUAAAUCCAGUCUGGUGUCCUACGCAAGCAUCCCAGUUGAAGUCAGUAGGAAUGUUGGAAGGAACUCAACAUAAAGAUUGCAGCUAGUCCAAGGUUAAUGUUUUCCUACAUUGCCAGCAAUGGUUCUGAUCUAAUUAUUAACAGUACACAAUGCAAAAAUAUCUUAACAUACUAAAUACACCAUUGCUGACAGUUAUUUGCAUCAGAAAUAUACUGUGCACACUCAAAUCUUUUUGGGAAGAGAAGGCUGGAAAAUCUUGCAGUUUUUUAUUUGCUGUAUUUACAAAAGUUAAACAUUUACUUCAGGUUCUCGUUGCUUAAAGGAAAAAAUAAACUUUUUAAAAGAUCCAUCCUGCAAGCAUACAUUAUUAAAUCCUUAAUACUUCAAUAAUUUACCUUACUACCCCUAUGAAUAAUGGAUAUUAACAUUACUAUAGUCUGUCACAUUUCACUCUUGGAUAUGUUAGUAUAAACCCUUUGUAAAUUUUGUACUCUCAUGACAAAAAGAAAGCACCUGUUAAUAAAUAAAUCUACACACACACACACACACACACAUACACAUCAUAUGAAAAUGAAUGGAAGUUUAUGCUUGUGGGCUAUGCUCCAGUAGAUCAGUAUUCUCUUGAUUUGAAUGUUAACAGGAUUUCUUGACACAAAUAGAGAUUUUUAGCUACCAGCACUCGUACCAAAACAUUUGUAUUUCUUUGAUUUAUAUGAGUAAUUAACUUUAUUUGGAAGUGAUUGGUUCUUUUAAUAUUUUAGAUAUUUAACUGAAUGAAAAAUGAAAUGGCAGGGUUAAAGGGUUCAGAAUAAUUUGCCAUCUUUUGGUGUACAUAUAUGACUACUCUCUAGGCUGUGUGUAUUCUACAGCAUGCAAGAUCAGAAGUUAGAAGUGGCCAUGCAAUGCAAUUUCACAUCCUACAAAUCUUAGCUUUUAUAUGGAAAACCAAGUUUUUCAUCUUUAUGGUGGCAAUAGCCAGAUUAAGUGUGUGAGCAGGGCAUAGUAGAAUCUCAGAAGUUGGGGGUCAUGGCAGAUUGGAAUUCCAGUGGCCCUUAAGGCAAGCAGAAUAAAUUAUGCAAAAACCA